AUGUCGGGCAGGGGGCGCAGAGGCGGUCGCAGCGCUAGAGGUUGCAGAGGACGAGGCAGAGGCAAGACGCGAACAUGGGAGUGGGAAGCAUACACGCCUGGCGCCGAGGUGUACGACCAGUUAUGGCGCAUUCGCAAGGAGCCUGCCACUGUCACCGCACGACUACCUAACGUCUGCCCUAUGUCGAACGCACGAACGCGAAUACUCCAUCGCCGACAGACCGAGGACCGCUUCAAGCGGGAGCUAUACACCGUAGAGGUCACAUAUACGGGCGGACCGGGGAGUGCACGGGACGGUAUUGCCCUUACACAGCUUGAGGAUGUGGACCUGCAACGCAUACUGCAGUUCGUUUCUCCAGCUGAACUGGAACGAUAUGAAACUGAGCAGUUCAGGCUCGAGGCAGAGGCAGAGGCCAUUGCUAUGCGCACCGAGGCCGAAGACCUGGCGCGUCGCCAACUGCGAAAGAAUGCCAAAGGGCCAAACGCCAGCAAAGGGAGCCGCAUGCUCAGCGCGCUCGCCUUCUCUGUAGAGCCGACCCUACGUUCACGGGGUCGACCGAGAGCCACACGCGGAAAAUGCAGGGGAAGGGCGAGAGGUGUAGAGCCAACAAGAGGCCUCGUCGUAAGCUCCCGACAGCUCAAGAAUGACAUGCACGAGCAGCUGGUAGACAGCGAACCUAUUGUGUUCGAUCGUACAACCGAACACAUCGGACAACCCACGCAGACAUCGCCCAACACCACACGCUCAGCUUUUGUCGCCAACAGCGCUCUUUCGGUAUCACCAAUAGCCAGGAGAGUAUCCAUCUCUGUCCCUCGACGGGAACUUUCAGAAGUUUCCGAACCUUCCGAACCAGAAGAUGUGGACUACUUAGUGCUCAGCGACAAUGAUGCAAAAUCUACAAGAGGCGACUUACCAUCGCUCGCAAUCGAGGUUGGGAAUGCGGGCAGCAGUAAAGAUCGUCCGUCCUCUAGCCCAUCCGGGAUCGAGAGCACUCUUCCAUGUCAACUUCACCCCAUCAUACCCGCUUUUUCACCGUCUGCUGAUAACGUGCUCCAAGAAGCUCCAACGGCAGCUCCAUUUUCCGCGCGAGACUCUGGCUCCCCAGCUCCAUUGGAUUUCAGGGUGGCGGACGUCCUUCUGCAGACAGCGUCUUCCUCUAAUUAUUCAGCGCUUGCUGCAUCAGACCAAGACGACAUAAUACCCCCACAACCCGCUUCGCCGCAAUUUGAAUCGGACGGAUACGUUGGCAGCCGAAUAACAUCUAUGCGCACAUUGUAUCCGGGACAACAGUCGCUCGAACACAACAACGAAGACGAUGCAGAAGUGGAUGUAACGGAAGAGUUUGCUGUAGAGGCUAUCGUGGCGCACUUUCACGAGCACGAGAAGAACUACUACCUCGUCAAGUGGGAGGGAUACGAAGACAGCCAUGAUUGGCUUCCUGAAGAAGAUCUUGAGGGCGCUGCAGACCUGGUCACUGAAUACAAGGAGCGGAUUGGAUGGAGGAACAAGAAAGUCGAAAUAAGAUGA